AGUAGUACUUCCGCCCAAACAAAGAUGCGGCAAACUUGAAUAUUGUGUUAGAAAUGAACAAACUCUGUGUGUAUGGUAUAAAUUGAAAAUCCCGGCAUUGUCACAAUGACUUCAUCGUCAGAAGAUCCCGUAUUUGUGGGGCUGGACCAGAAAUUUGACAAGGUCUUGGCUGAGAUGAAACCACAUGUGCUGAAGCUACCUCAUAAAACAGAUCGUCAGAAGUGUGCAAUUUGGAUUAAGAAGCUAUGUGAACCUGUGACUGGAAUUACUGGAAGAAAAAACAGGAAUGCCUAUGCCCAGCUUAUGCUUCACAUGUUGAAGAGGGGGGUGUUAGAAGGCCCAUUUACAAGUAAACCUCAGGAAGGACCUCUGCCAACCUUGCCACCGUAUAUGUCCAUAUAUUUUGAUGAGCCGUCUGAUAAAGGAUCUGAUGAUGAAAAGGUGCCUGAUUGGGUGGCAGGGGAGCUAACUACUUCAGUUGGAUCAUCUCUGUUCCGAUCCAAUAUUGGAAAUCCGGCUGCAUCGUCUACAUGGAAGUCUGGGUUGUCUCCCAUCCGCUACGAGUCUUCCCCACGAAGGUACUCUAAAAUCCCUGUUCCAAAAAGUCCGAAAUCACCGAGGCGUCCACAUACUAGUCUUGGGUUUGACCUGGAUAAGGCCCCUGGGUUAACCUCCCCUACCCGUGGAUUAGAGCACCCAGAGUUGGUUGGCAAUGCAUAUGAUGACAGUUUCAUAGACUUCCGUAAGCCUGCAAUAAAGACUGCUCAUUUCCUCUUCGAUGACAAAUCUAAAACUGAUUUACUGGAUGGUGACAAGAAAAAGACGACAUUGUUUAAUGUGAAGGUCAUGGACGAAGAACUCAGUCAGCCCUCACCACCGUACACCAAGACCACCAGCAAUUUAUUUGGCAGCACGGGGGCAUCCAAUACAUUCUUCAACGAUGUUUCAAGAGAUUUAGAGAAAGAUAAUAUUCAGAUGAGAACAAAGAUGCUUGAGGCACGGUUCCAUGAGGAAAAACUCCGACUACAGCAAAAACAUGACUCAGCGGUCCAGAAGAUUUUGGACAGAAAGAACUGUGAGAUAGAGGAGCUGAAGACAAACUACAGAACAAAAGCCAAAGAUCUGGAGGAGACCAUCAGCAAACUGGAAAGAAAAAUACAAAACAUUGGAAAAGAUUCACAUCAAGUGAUUGAAACCAAAGAUAAGCAGAUCACGGAACUGAAACGGAUGUUGGAGGAGUCAACAGAGGUCAGAAAUAGCCAGUUUGAGAAAAAGAUGAAUGAUAUGUUUGCUGACUUUGAACACGAGAAAUUUGAGAUGCAGAAACAGCACACCAAAAAUAUACAGGGCAUUUUGGAUGACACAAAUGCUAGAUUACAGAAAAUGGAGAAAGAGUAUGGGCAGCAAACCACGUCCACGGCUUCCAUAAUCAAGGACCUUGAGGGCAGGGUUCACCAACUGAUGUCAGAGGCAGAUAAAAACAUGAAAUCCAAACAAACUCUAGAACAGUCCAAGAUGGAGUUGGAAACCAAGCUGGAGCGAUGUAGUCGGGACCUGCAGGAUCUGAGAGAAAGAUAUAGUAAUCUGGAAAAAGAACACCAAAGGACGGUGGAAACUGGCGACCAGGAAAUGAGGACGCUCAAAAACAAGAUGGAAGCCAGUCUGGAAUUCAUGAAACAGGAACACAACAUUGCAGCUGCUAAGGCUUCUGAUUCUAUAUCUGAGUUGGAGCAGUCUUUGGACCAGUACAAACGUUCACUUAAAGACGCCGAGGAACAGCGCCAGAGACAAAUGAGGGAAUUGGAACAAAAUCAUCAACAAGAUAAACUACAUUUGGAAAAUCUCCAUGAUAAACAGGUGCGAGGUUUAAGAAAUGAAAUGGAGCAAACAGACCAAGAUAACCAGAAAAAGAUCAAGAAACUCGAGGAAGCCGUUAGAGAUAAAGAGGAAGAGGUCCGACGACUGCAGGAAGUCAACAAGAAUCAGCUGCUGCAGUCAGAGAAGUCAUUGGAGGAGUUUAAACUACAGGUGGAGAAGAACCAGACAAGGAUGUAUGAUGAAAUGAAACAACAGAUGGAAAGAGUAGAAAAUGAUUUGAACAAAUCAAAACAAGCCAGGGAAAAACAAUGUCGAGAAUUUUCUAAACAGCUUGAUGAAGAGAGAAAUCAACAUGAAAGAAAGACUGUAGAACUGAAAAUGGCCCUGGAACAUGAGAAAGCUCAGAUGUUGAAAGACUUCCACACUCAAAAGGAGAUUGUUAUCUCUGAGCAUGAGAGAGAAAUGGACAACCUUAAAGAAACUCAUCAGAACGAGUUGUAUGAACUGAAAUGUCGAGUUCAAGAGAAGCAAGAUAAAGAUACCAAGAAGAUCACUCAGCAUGAGCGACAGAUUCAGGAAUUACGAGAGGAGGUGGUUCAGGCUAAUCAACUGAGGAAACAACAGCUGGUAGAACUCGGACUGCUCAGGGAGGAGGAGAAACAGAAAAUGCUCCGAGAACACGAGUCCGAGGUGAUAAAAUUGCGAUCAGAGAUGGAACAACAGAGAUUAGAUCUGCAGAAAACUCAUAGCACAGAGCUGGAAAAGAUGCUGGAGAAAACGAACGUCCGCCUGAAGGACAUUGAGAGAGAGUAUAACGAGAGGGGGCAGAAAGCAACAGAGACCAUGGGGGAACUGCAGGCCAACAUCAACCAUCUUAGAGAUGAGGUCAAAAGGGUUCGUAAUGUGGGAGAUAAAAAAUGCCAGGACAUUGAACAUCGGUACGAAGAGGAGAAAAAAUCCGUCAAGAAACAGUAUAACAGUAACAUGGAUAGUCUACAACGAGAAAUAGAUUCGCAGCAGGCUCGGAACAGGCAGCUAGAGCGAAGGCUCGAAAAUGCGGGAGCAGACCACGAGGAAAAGAUAACACACCUGAAAUUGUCAUUUGAGGAAAAAUUGAGAGGACUUGUUCCUUCUUCUGUCCGACAGGAACUAGAAGAUACCAUUACAGCCCUGAAGUCUCAGAUUAACUCUCUACAACAGAAGACUCUAAUUCUGCAGGAGGAAGUGGAUCUCAAACACAAGUACCCCCUUGGCCAGUUCUCCUCAAGUUCACCCAUCAAAGCUGUUUGAUGAUGGGCCUCAUUGUGAAUCCUUUGGUUGUCAUGUGUACAGAAUUUUAGGUCAUCAGUAUUACUAUGAAAACUUUUGUGUCCUAAUUUUACCUGAGGUUUUUUAUAAUAGAAGGUGAUUGCUGUAAAACUGUGCUGAUGACAAAGUUAAAGAAAUAGAGGUUGAUUGCUGUUAAACUGUGCUGAUGACAAAGAUUUGACUGUGAUAUUUUUACGCAAUUGUUUGCCACACUAAAUUCUGUAAUCCAUGUGUAUGUUUUCAUUAAUACGGGCAAUAUUCUAGUAACUUGUGCUACUCGGAUCACCAAUUCCCUUCAUGUAUCAAUCGUUUAUCACAUACAUUACCACAUUUACAGAGUUACUGUUCUAACACAAACUUAUCUUGCGUUACAUACACAUGUACCAUGCUUUAUACAAAUGACAUGUCAUGUAUUUGAGAAUGUUUUACCAUGUGAAUUUGAAUGGAUUUGUAAAUGCACUAGGCAUUUUCUAUAGCAGUGUUACAAUGAAUCAUUAUACCUUGUGACUUCUAACACUGAACAAUAUCUGUAUUAUUCAUGUAUGUCCGUGUUGUUCCUCCCUUGUUGAUAACAACCUACAGUGUAUGUGUAUGUUACCGUGAGUGUUGAUUAACUAAUCACUUAGAAUAAGACAUUCCAUGUAUCCGAGUAAUUCAUAUUUUACAUGCAGAAUGGACAAAAUUUCCAGUACACUAGACUCUAGAAACACAGCGGUAAUGCAUAGCGGUAUCAGCUAUCGAUAGGUAGGAGAGUCCAUAUAUCUUUUUUCUUUAUAUAAUUCAUUCAUUGUACAUGCAAGCAAUUAUUUUGACAGGGUACAACCGAGUUAAUUGUUUGUAAGUCCUGUAUUCAGAUACGGUAUUGUGAAUAUUUUUCUUUGACUAGUUGAAUAUCACUUAUUUACUAGUUGAAUAUCUCUUAUUUACUGGUUAAAUAUCUGACCUUGACUGGUUGAAUAUCUCUUAUUUACUAGUUGAAUAUAUCUCCUUGACUGGUUGAAAAUAUCUUAUUUACUGGUUGAUUAUAUCUCCUUGACUGGUUGAAAAUAUCUUAUUUACUAGUUGGAUAUCUUUUAUUUACUGGUUGAAUAUCUCCUUGAUGGGAUGAACAUUUGUACUUUAUGAGUUGAAUAUCUACUUUAUUGGUGGUUAACUGAAAAAUGAUGACUUUCUGAGCUGUGUUUGACAUUGUAGGUAGUAGGUCCUUUCUAAUGAACCCUCUGAAUGAACAGACCAUGUUGGACUUCAGGUGCAAGUUUUCUCCCUUACAUUUUUUAUGUAGUGUACAUGUACUAUAUAUAAAAUAUCUUUGAUAAAUUGCACUAGAUGAAGGAAACCGCUGAUUUAUGUACAUGUGAAGUGAUAUCUAAGAAUGCCAACGUAGAUUUGGUAUCUAGCAUUCAAAUACACUGCUUAUUUCCUACAACAGUGACAAGCAAACUUUGUAGUUUUGUGUGGAGCUAACUAGCUUUACAAUCUUUCACAAAGCCAAGGUUUUAUCAAUUUCAUUACCAGAGAAAACAUCUCUGUAAAGAAUACUAUAUUUCAAUCUCAUGGAGGUGAUAUUUGAAUGUUUUCUGUCAAGGGGUAUCUUUUAUUUCUUUUCUAUAUUUUUUUUCCCUUUUAUUUCAUAGGUUUUAUAUUUAGAUUUUCCUCUCCCCAGUAAUUGUAAAUUCUGAGUCCAUCGUGUAGUUCAUUAUAUUCACUGUUGUUAAUGUUAUUUUUGUUCAGGAGAAGUAUGUUUAUUUAUACAAUAAAAAUGUUUUAAUGUG